GAUUAUAAGUAAAUACUCUACUCUUACAAGGGAACCAAACCUAUCAAACCUGUUUAGAAAAUGACCAGGUAUGUUUCUUUCCUUUCUUUUGUGUGUGUGUGUGUGUUUCUUUUGUGUGUGUGUGAAAUUUACCAUCCAUGAAAGACCUUAUGACUAGUAUUUGGGGAACUUAGACUGUCAGAAAAUGCCUCUUUAAGCCACUCAAGUUUUGAGCGCACAUAGGUGACAACUGUUUUCCUUAGAGGAUUUAUACUCGUGAACUCCAUCAAGAAAAGAGAUUUUUGAAGUUAAGGUAAAUUUUUAAAAGAAGGAAAGAAUUCUUACCAGUUGAAUCAGUCACUUGGGAAUUAUUUUUCUUUGAGAAAUGAUGUGUAUGGUGGACAAACAGCUUGGGAGGUUGUAGUUAAUUGAGACUUGUGCUGCAGUCUGGAGAAGGUACAUUGAAAAACUGAGAAUUUGGGGCUUUGUCUGUGUAUAUUAGUCAAAGUGUGACUGGGCAUCCUAAGUUUGUUUUUAUUUUUUAAGUAAAGUUCUGGAACUUAACUGAGUUUGAUGACUGUGAAAUCUUGUUUAAAAAAGUUUUGGGGAUUAACAUUUAACAUCCUAUAUAAAAACUUGGCCUAAAAGACACCAGCCCAAAAGUUGGUUUUUAGGUAAAAUAAUUUGUACUUCCCAAAGUUCUUUAUGAGGGGGAACCGCAAAAAUGAGUUUAUUCUCAAUUCUGCUGGUAAUAUGGUGAUUAACAUGAAAAAGAGUAGGUUCAAGUGCUUUGUAAGUGUCCAUUUGAAUUUAAAAUAAUUGAAUACCUGUAAAGUGAAAACAGUCAUGUAAAAUUGAGGAUUAGGGAUCUCUUUGGCCAAGAGCUCAAUGACAGAAGCUGAAAAGGGGGCAAAAGAGAAGAACCUGUUAACCUAGUUCUUUUCCUUUUUCUUAAACAUUAAAAACUCAUUUGUGGAAGUGAGGCAGCAGCAAUCAAGUGUGAGAUUGUGCAGGGUUUAGGCUGGGGUCAGGAAAAGGGGCCAGGGUUGAUGUAUUAGUUUGUUUUGAUGCUCUUUUCUAUAAAUGCCUGUAUUGAGAAUUUAAUUUCAUAGUUUUUGGCCUAUGGGAUUAUAUAUUGACAAAGCUGACUUGCAUAGCUGUUUAAAGUUAAUGUUUUUCUAUUUUUCAGCCAAUCAUAGUAACCCACUAAAUAUAAAUUUGCUAGAAUUACCAGUGUCAUUUAUCCUAGAAACCCAACUUUUCCUGCAGUAGCUUUAAAAAAAAAAAAAAAGUCUUCUAUCCAGUGUUAUUGGGACUGAAAAUUUCAUUAGACAUUUAGUGUUAUUAGAAUGCUUUUCAUUCUCAAGCAAAUGGUACUUUAAAUUAAAGAAGUAAAUUAAUAUAGGGUAAGCUGAUUUGGAUCAGAAGCCCAGGAACAGGGAGGAAAUAAAUCAGGGGAAACAGAAACCAGAUUUUAUGAUAGUUUUCAACAGAUUGAAAAAACGAGUUAAAGACUUAUAGGAAAAACCUCAGCUGAUAUUUGAUUGGCUUUUUGAAAAAACUGCAUCAAAAUUUAAAAUUGAGACAGAUAUUUCACUAUGGUAAAAGACAUUGUUACUAACGGUGAUGGCUUAAGCAAAAACUUUAAGAAAGUAAAUCUUGCCCAAAGCCACAUGGUAUAUUCCAAAGCCAGAUGUCAAUUUUUUUCUGAUUUUCUUGUGUUGUGGAUAAUCUGAUAUUUUUGUACAUUUCAUUUAGCCCAGAUGACCGGGGUUUGGUUGCCUUUGUGAAGGAAUGGCCAGAUUUAAAGAAGCAGGCUCAAGCUUUAAGAAGAGGCCAGUCUCAUUUGAAAAGUUUGAAAUCUGAUCAAAUAAGUGACUAGAGGAAACAGGAGUGGCUCAGAAGGGAGGAUCUAAGGCAGAUUACCAAGGACAGAACAAGACAUGAAUAAUCCAUUUCACAGAUGAAGAAACUAAGACCUUAGGUUAAUUUAUCCAAAUCCUGAAGCAAGUGGACCUGGAGCCUAGACCUUCUGACUCCUUCUCAGGCUUUUCAGCCCCGUGGCAAGCUGUUGGAGCGAGAGAACAGAGGUAAAGAAUGAUGUAAUGCACUGGCCGCCCCAAAGCAUCUUUUGUUGGAAUGGUUAUUCCAGUCAUCUCUUUAUGAAUCAAAUGUGAGGGGCUGCUCUGUGGACGCAGGCCUUUGCGAGAACACAUCAACGGGAAAGAGAAAGACACAUUCACUUGGAGGGCUCUCGCCGAAAAUGGGUUUAACUCUGCUCUUGCCAGUCACCACCAGCCUGACCUCAUACACUUCAGUACAAUGGAGUGGCUGAGCCUUUGAGCACACCACCAUUACAUCAUCGUGGCAAAUUAAAGGAAGAGGUGGGAAAAGAGGACUUAUUGUUGUCAUGGCCCAUGAGAUGAUUGGAACUCAAAUUGUUACUGAGAGGCUGGUGGCUCUGCUGGAAAGUGGAACGGAAAAAGUGCUGCUAAUUGAUAGCCGGCCAUUUGUGGAAUACAAUACGUCCCACAUUUUGGAAGCCAUUAAUAUCAACUGCUCCAAGCUUAUGAAGCGCAGGUUGCAGCAGGACAAAGUGUUAAUUACGGAGCUCAUCCAGCACUCGGCCAAACAUAAGGUCGACCUUGACUGCAGUCAGAAGGUUGUGGUUUACGAUCAGAGCUCCCAGGAUGUGGCCUCUCUGGCUUCAGACUGUUUUCUCACUGUCCUCCUGGGGAAACUGGAGAAGAGCUUCAGCUCUGUGCACCUGCUCGCAGGUGGGUUUGCCGAGUUCUCCCGCUGUUUCCCUGGCCUCUGUGAAGGAAAGUCCACCCUAGUCCCCACCUGCAUCUCUCAGCCUUGCUUACCUGUUGCCAACAUCGGGCCAACCCGAAUUCUGCCCAAUCUCUAUCUUGGCUGCCAGCGAGAUGUCCUCAACAAGGAGCUGAUGCAACAGAAUGGGAUUGGUUAUGUUUUAAAUGCCAGCAAUACCUGCCCCAAGCCUGACUUUAUCCCCGAAUCUCAUUUCCUGCGAGUGCCUGUGAAUGAUAGCUUUUGUGAGAAAAUUUUGCCAUGGUUGGACAAAUCAGUGGAUUUUAUUGAGAAAGCAAAAGCCUCCAAUGGAUGUGUCCUUGUGCACUGCUUGGCAGGGAUCUCCCGCUCCGCCACCAUCGCCAUCGCCUACAUCAUGAAGAGGAUGGAUAUGUCCUUGGAUGAAGCUUACAGCACGGCCGCCGACGACGGCCCCCUGAUCCAGGCGCUCAACGGGCUCCACCUGCCCUCGGACAGGCUGGAGGACAGUGGCCGCCUCAAGCGCUCCUUCUCACUGGACAUCAAGUCAGUGUCCCCGACUCCCGGCGGUCUCUCAUCGCCCGAGGCCGCCCUGGAGCUCUACAAGCCCGCCACCUCCGGCCUGGAAGGCGCGGGCAAGCCCUGCCAGCCCUGCCAGUUCUCUCCGGUGCAGGAGGUGUCAGAGCAGACGCCGGAGGCCAGCCCGGACCGCGAGGAGGCCCCGCCGCCCCGGCCCUCCGACGGCAGCGGCCAGGGUGCACGGCCCCGGCCGGGGCGGCCCCUGUGGUCACCCCUGCACCGCAGCGGGAGCGUGGAGGACCGCGGGCAGCCCCGCUUCCUCUUCGGCCUCUCGGCCAGCCAGCAGCACCUGGCCACGUCGGCCACGGGGCUGGGCCUGGAGGGCUGGCACUCGGACCUCCUGGCCCCCCAGACCUCCGCCCCGGCCCUGACCAAGAGCUGGUAUUUCACACCAGAGCCCCCGCACUUCUACUCAGCCUCGGCCGUCUAUGGGGGCCGCGCGGGCCACCCUGCCUUCAGCUGCAGCCAGCUGCCCACGUGCGGCGGGGACCCCGGGCACUCGGUGCGCCGGCGCCACAAGCCCGGCGACAGGGCCGACUCCCGGCGCAGCUGGCACGAGGAGAGCCCCUUCGAGAAGCAGUUCAAGCGUCGAAGCUGCCAGAUGGAGUUCGGUGAGAGCAUCAGGUCCGAGAACCGGUCGCGGGAGGAACUGGGCAAGGUGGGCAGCCAGUCAAGCUUUUCAGGCAGCAUGGAAAUCAUCGAGGUCUCCUGAGCAGGAGGACACUUGUGACUCCCGUGGACAGGACUUGUCUUGUUCACGAAAACUAAUUCCCUGUAAAUCUGAAAUAUGUAUAUGUACAUAUAUAUUUUUGGAAAAUGGAGCUAUGGUGUAAAAACAACACAUGGAUCCACACCGUUCUUUUUUAACAUCUGCAGUUGAGAGAGCAGCUAAUACUUCUCUCAACACAAAUGGAAGGGUCCAGGCCAGCUUUCCCCCAGACACGUGACACAGUUCUAUGCAAUGGAUUGCACAUCCUCCCGUUCUUACUAGACUGAGUUCUGCUUGGAGUUAGAGGACGGAAGCCCCCACCGUUCUCUUGUUGUGCUACAAAGAGAUCUCAGAUCCUAGUCCUGUCUGGUCCCUUCCGUAGUGCACCUUAGCGCUGAGACUGAGCCAGCCUGUGGGUCGGGCGGGGAGACCCCGUUAGGAACAAAACCUAAUGGUAAAUCCACAAAGAACCAUCAUGUCCAAAGCCGAUGCACAGAUCCAAGCGCACCCGCCAGCCGCUGCGCUGGCUGCCAGCGUCAUUCUGCUGACCGACCAUUAGGGGGCCUUGCUAAGACCUACUUUAGAGCAACCCCAGUACCUCAGACAGAAAGUCGGGGCUUUCACCACUACCAGGUCUGGUGGCCCGGUUUCUAGGCAUUGUGAACAGGUAGGUAGCUAGUCACACCUUUCGACCAAUUUAGACGGUCUCUGCAGGCAUUUCCAGUUAGGCCUGGAUGGAAGUGGUCUGGCUCCUCUUCUUCUCGGCUUUGUGAAGAAGGAAGGUGAAGCUAUCUGAGAUCAACUGAACAGCCAGGAAUCUGGCAGCAUCAUGAUUUAAGCUAAUGUUGGGAGGCUAAAUGAGUCUACCUCCCUCUUUCUAAAUCAAAAGAACUGUUCAAGAUGGGCUUGUUAAUCUUGGGAAGUAAAGGUUAACCUGGUUUCAAGCCAGAUGUGAAUUUAUUUGGUAGCAGAGCAGCACCCCCUUCAAGGUCUCAGCCAAACUAGGUAUUUUCUAUUUUGGUUUCACUGCACAGAGGUAUUUUGUGAAAAUGGAACAAUAAGGUGGAAUUUUAUUGGAAACUACCAAGAGGCAGAAAACUGUGGAAGGAUAAGAGAAGAUAAAAUUACUGAGGAGCAGCAGGGGGCUGUUAUUUUCUCAGUGGGUUUUUUUUUCCCCCUUAGCAUGUGACGAAGGUGGUAUUUUCUGUGAUUUCCUUAGGCUUUCAUACUGUUAGGGCUGAGAGGCUUUCGUAAGCCUGGAGUGCUCAGAACUAAAGGGUAUAGAAAGGUGAGGAGGAGGCGGACAAAUUUUGUUUCAUCACAAACAAGAGUGGAAAGACACACCCACGCUAUUCUCAAACUACCCCCAGCAUUUUUUAGUAGAAGGGACACCAAAAUGGAGAGGGACCAAGUGGUCUCAGUCCGUACCUACAAUCACUGUAUGGAAUCAACCCUGGCAGCUGAAACUAGGUGAUUAGAACAAGUAAACAAGUGAUAGUACUUACCUGCUUUUAAACUUCCUGGCUUGAGUUUUGUCAGCUACAGUCUGGUCCUGUUUUGAAGCCGUAAUUCACGUCAGCAGCUUUUUUUUUUUUUUUUUAAGGGUGGUGGGUGGGUGUUUGUGUUGUUCUUUACUGUAAGUGUAGCUAGUUGCUGACUCAUAUCUCAGGUUUUUCUACGUGUGAGAAAUGGACAGUCCUUUGAGUCGGAUGUGACUUCAUGUUUCUUAUGGUGACUGCUAAAACCAGCAUAGAGUGAAAUGAUUCAAAACUGACUUGAUUGUGACAAUUCUGAGCUUCGUAGAACAUAACUGGUUAUGCACAAACAAUGGGCUGUGAUAUGGGUGUAAAAUGAGAGUAAACUGUGUAGGGAGUGCAUUGUUACCAUACUGGAAAGGUUCUGUUAAGUGAUUUAGCUUUUCUCUAUACAUGCAAAUUCUGGGUGUAAUCAGACCCAAUUAUCAAGGUUUCACAUACUGAUUUUUGAUGUGUUACAUACACACGCACCAACUGUGUAACAGCUCCCAGCUUCCAGAGUCUGGUCACAACUGUGGAACAUUUUUGAGAAGUGAAAGCAAUGGCUCCAAUGCUGUAUGUUUCAGGAAGGUUGUGGGAUUUGGUUUUACUGAGGUAUUAGGGCUGAACUGGCCUUCCAACCUUCGGAAUUUCUCUUGGCCAUGGUCCCCUUCCUUCCUGUGACCGAUGUGGUCCUAUGUUACAGCUUUUAGUUCUUGAUCGCUAAUGUCAAAUAAUCAGCCCUCGGAAUGGAGACUUCCCAGCUGAGGGGACAGCCUCUCGGGCCAGCCCUGGAGCCACAUGGGUGGCCAUGGGCCCCAGGUGGCUGGUUCUCUGCACCGUGAAUCAGAGGGGGAGUGCUGGAGCCUACCAGAUGAUACAGAAUGGUGAUAUUAAACAGCAGAACUAGACUUCGAUGUGAGAAAUGCUGGAAAAUGGUUUAGGACAUUUGUAAAGUUGGGUGGGAAGACUGUAUAAAUGUGUAAUAUGAAUAUAGUGUUCUUUUGGAGUAAGGCAAGCUGUUGAAUGGUUACAAUUGUGCAUUUCUCAUUCUGAUGUGUCAUGAAUGUUAAUAUGAUGAAAUAAAAUCAAAACUGGUACCUGUUUAUACAUAAA